UCAAGACCUUAUAGCCGGAAUCCUUUAGAACGUAGAGGUCCUCGCCGCGUGUGGUUGCGGGGUUUGCAAAGACGUCUGUGUUUGUGUGCGGGUCGUAGAUGUCGCCGUAGAUAUGCAAGAGGUGAUCAACCUCCUUUGGGGCGAGGCGAGUGCGCGCGGCGAUGGUUUCAGGUGAAAGCGGCCCCAACGCGAGCAAAUGCAAGAGCCGUGUGCUGGGUACGUUUUUACUUGUCGCGAUUAGCGUGUUGGACUUCUUGACACUGUCCGUUUUGAGCAAGGAGGAGCUGGCUGAGAGGCCACCGGCACGUGAGCGCUGGGGGUGCGGUGUAAAGAGCUGUGGCGUCGCCGCGGGCCCAUCCUGCGGUUGGGUGCGCGCGGUGAGCACCGUGAGCCGCGACGCGAUCUUCGCGGCGGUGUGGAACGCGGGUACACGCGCAUCCCCGUCGUGUGCGCGUGUGUACACGUCUGUGCGGUUCAACUCAGGCGCCUGUGACGUGGGGUAGGUGACACUGUCGAGUUUGAUAAACUGGGGGAGUUAGUAUUUGAAGUCGAAACUGUUAUAAGUGACAAGAAGCAGGACUAGCCAUCGUUUAAGAGUAACUCUUUUGAUCACUCUGGGCUGGCGGGACAAAAUUGAC